AGCAAGCUCAUUUCGAUGGAAUGCCGCACAACUACGACCAUAUGCGCAAUAGGGAAUGGAAGUUGCAGGACCUGCAGAAGCGUUUGGUGGAGGUAACGUGAAGAGGACGACCGAUGACAUUGGAAAGAAGUGGGAUAACCUCUUCCAGCAGUAUAAGAACGUGCAACGAUACCAGAACGCCUCCAGGGGGAAUAACUUCUUCAACUUAACGCCUGCGUUGAGAACGAAAGAGGGCUUCAACUUCCGAAUGGAUGAGCGAAUGUACCUUGACAACCUCGCCGACACGAGUGCUCGUGGAGAAGUGCAGAUGUCGGGGGACACACGACGUCCGUCAUCGGUCGCGGUAGAAUCCAUCGCAGGAGGAGACGCGGGUGAUGGCAAUGAUGAAGAUGGAGGGUCGGCGCGGGAGUCCGGGUUCAGUGCAUGCAACACAGGUGGCGCUGGCAAGAGGAAGAACAUGCGCCAACAGACGUUCGACGUCAUCGCCGAAGUCAUGGAGAAGCACGGUGCAUUGAUGGCGGACACUGUGGAGGGGGAAAGGAAGCGGCAGUGCAACAUACUCGAGCGCGAGGUCGACGCCCAGAAGAGGCACUACGAGGCAUUCGACGAGGCGAAAAGGAUGAUGUGUAGUGAGUUGAUGGAGAUCGCGAAAGCCAUCAGGGACAGGAGUUCAUCGUGUGCGCUGUCGCUAUACACCUGCGCUAUCCUCACGGGUGCGUCCGUCGGUGGCAUAGUACGUGGACGCUUCACGAUCUAUUCGUCCGCCAUCGCCCACGGCACGUGGCAGACUCACUUCGCCUUUAGUUGUGGGACGGGAGAAAUCGAUCAUCAGCGCAUCGCGCCAUGUGGACAGUCCCAGUUGAAAAGGCGAGACAACGGAUCCGGCGAAGGUGGGGGCGGGCAAAACGGAAGGGGGCACGUCUUGAAAUCGAAAAGGCCGCGUGGUGACGGAUCGGAGGAUGCGAUGGGGGGCCAGGGGGGACAAGAUGUCUCAGUCAUGGAGAUCCCUUCGACGGGGACACCGACGCUUAGAUUUGGGAGAGACGGCGUAAGCAGGGAGCAUUUUCAAGCAGUUGCUGCCCUUGGUGUGCCAGGAAUUGGUCAUGGUGGUGGAAGUGGAAGUGUGCGUUCUCAAGGGAUUGUCAUCAGUGAGUCGGCACCACAAACACCUGUGACUUCAACAGCGAUGAUCGUGUCCGCUGUUGAACAUGCGGAUAAAGGACCCGUUCAUGUGCCACAAGCGCGCCACGUGGAGCCGUCGAACAUGAACACGGUCGGCAGGUCGUCGAGGGAAGUUGUCUCAUUGUCGCAUGCAGGAAGCGGUGAUGUCAAUGGGCUGAGCACCGCUACGGGGGAAAGGCGAGAAGAACAGGGGCCCAGUGAGGCGGGGAGGAAAGACGAGAGGAGGGAUGGCACUCCGCGACCGGACGACGAGGACGACGAGUUUAUUCGCAUGAGGAAGAAAAAAACGCGGCAGGAGGAGGAGUUGGAGGCGAAGUCGAAGUUGUGGAGAGACGGGAAGACAUUAUGGGGAAAAGUGGACCUGGUCGCCUGAUUGCGGACGCUGUGCACGAUUGUGCUGACUACUACUGAGCAAUCGUCAAUGGUGAUGCAGGCGCCACUGCACCGCGUGGCCUCAUCAUGCCAUCCCUCGAUGUUCCACGUUUGCGAAUCCAAGAUCCUGCGCAGCCGGACGCAG